UCCAACAGCGCACUUUGAUCCGUUGCCCCCGUGAAAGCGUUGUGUUCUCUGGAAAACCGUUCUUUUUGCAAUUCGCUUGUGUCGUGUUUGUGUCGUCCCUACAUGCUGGUAUUGUAAUUCUUCCAUUAGCAGCAUUAUACAAGUCUCGGUCGUUGCAGCACUGUACCGUACGAUGUCUACUACCAACCAGAUCUAUCCGAACAAUGAGCUUCCGGUGCCAGUUCCAUACAACAAUCAGUAUGCUCCAUCCUUCCCGUUCGGAAUAGUGGCCAAUAGUAGCGCAAACGCCUACCAACCUUCCAAUACGGUCAUCAUGUCCCCCAUGUAUGCGGUCUUCGCGCGUCUAAUCUGCGGAGACCAGAAUGUGCUUAUCAUCGGGCACAGGGUGGUCGUUGGACGCGCCCGCCGGAACAAUGCCGUGGAUUUCCAGGUAGCCAGGGAUAAGUUGAUUUCGCGGAAACACUUUAUUCUGCAUUACUCCAAUGGCGUAUUCGCGUUGGAGGUGUUAAGCAAGAACGGGGUUUACCUGGAUAAGCUUUUUCUGCCACAGAGCGACCUGUCGUACAUGGUGCCGAAAAGUUGCGUCUUUAAAUUUCCGAGCACGAGUACGACCGUGUUUUUCGAGAAUCUUGUUGAGAGCGCGGCAAACGAUGGUGUUGUAAUGGUUAUGAACGGGCCUACGGCACCGAGCGCUGAAGCGGUGGAUUUGAGCUGUAACAUACAGCAUACUGAGGAUGCCAGCGUCAACGAUGUGGUGCCUCAGGAUAAUGCAAUUGGUAGUGAACACGUGGAUAAUAAUCAGACUAUCGGCUCCGAUAUAAUGACUCCGAUUGAUAAGCUUUUGCUUGCUGCUAACGUCAAAUCGGAACCACCGGCCGGCAAUUCGAAGGAAGUGGAUAUCCCGGACGUCCCAUUGGAUUGUACCGGUAGCGGUUCGCCUAUCAUCUCCGAAGAGCAUCAGCUAGAAGCCCCUCCGGAUGCGUCCGAGAACGAAUCAUCAGCCUCUUACGUGCCGACUGAAUCGAUCGAAAUUGUCAAGCCACCGUACAGCUAUGCGCAGCUGAUCAUCCAAGCCAUCACAGCCUCACCGCAGCAGCAGUGCACGCUGCCGGAAAUCUACGCCUACCUGCGCGCAAACUAUCCCUUCUUUCGGCAGCACCGUCAGGAUGGGUGGCAGAAUUCGAUCCGCCACAAUUUGAGCCUGAAUCGGUACUUCAUCAAGGUGCCGCGCAUGACCGAUGUGGCAGCGAAAGGUUGCUACUGGCGCAUCGAUCCGACCUGCUACGCAGCGCUCAAGAAGAAACGCUUCCAGAAGCGCUUGCAAUGGCGCAUUCGGGCCGCAAAGGCGGAGUGCCGUUCGGCACCAGUGUCUCCGUACACUAGCGACGAUUCGAACGGUGAGCCGGCGCUGCUGCCCGUAUCAGCACCGGCGUCACCGGCGCAAACGAGUGGCACCGCGCAGGACAACGGCUACAAGCAGUAUGUACGCACGUGGCGUAAUUUUGCUGUAAGAGAUAGAGCAUCGGUCGGAAAACGCCUUCAGAUGUAAAUGCAACGGGGAGCAAAUCAUUUGAGGUUUUGAUGGAAUCUGAUUUCUCUAUUUCCCAUUUCCCAUCAAUUGAAUUCAUUUUCUCUAUUUUUUUUCAUUUGUCAUCAAUUAUUUCGUUUGUUUCUGGUUGUAGCAUCGGUGUGAGUUGCUGCUCAUUCAAACGUCGCGUUCCUUCAAUAAAACCGAUCUGUUUUUGUGUGCGUUCUUGUCAACUCUAUGUUGAAGAAUAAUAAUUUAAUA